CCACGUUGACUCUCUGGUUGAGUGGGUGUCGGCGGAACCCACCAUAACCCUUGCAAAACUUCGCUUGCGCUUGAAAGCUGAGUUCGACGUUGAGGUCUGUACCAGUACUGUUGCCAGAUACCUUGACGGGCGAUUGAUAACAAUGAAGAAGUUACAUACCAUUCCUGAAUCCCUGAACACGCAGGUGAACAAACAGCGACGGAAAUUGUUCGUCCUGCAGCUGUUACAUUUUCAAGCGGAAGGAAGGGAACCGAUGUGGAUCGACGAGACGAACUUCAAUCUCUUUUGUUCACGAACUCGGGGCCGUUCACCACGUGGGAGCCGAGCACAGUGUACUGUGGCAAACAGUCGCGGUCAAAAUGUGCACCUUGUCGGAGCAAUGACAAAGGACGCAUUGAUAGCCUUCUCCGUUUUACGUGGAAGCUACAAUAAACAAAGAUGUGCGCAGUGGCUGCGACAGUUGCUAGAUACACAAGGUGCGGAUGUUAUCGAACGGUGCCUGCUGAUUUGUGACAACGCGCCGUGCCACACAGAUUUGGAGAACUUGUUCCAGGAAGAGCAGUACCGAUCAGGGAGGCUGUUACGAUUAUCCCCAUACUCUCCGGCGCUGAACCCUAUCGAGGGGAUCUGGAGUAUAAUCAAAAGCUACGUCAAGCAAGCGAUGAGGACCAGGUAUGGGGAAAUGCUCCGAGGGGACCCUGAUUGUGUUCUCAGCCAAAGCGAGUGGCGCAUCAGAUUCCUGGAGCAGGUUGUGUCAGAGGCACGAUCACGUGUGACACCGCGCCACUGCGAAAACAUG